AUUUUUCAAUCGCCGAGUGAUCAACAGUCUGACAUUUUGUUGUGGAACGAUUUGUGGAAUUUAAAUCGAUGUAAAUCGCAUUUCUGCUCAGUUGCGUGUUAGUCCACAAUAUCUGAAAUGAAACUUCGAACGCUUCGACUAAAGUGACAACGAUCAGAAUUGUAAUGGAAAAGGAAAUUGGCCCCAACGUUCGGAAAAAGUGUUUUCAUUUGUGUUUAUUUCCUCUGCCUUCUUCCUCUCUCUCCAUCUCUCUCUUUGCCUGCAACCAUUGCCAACUACCGGAAAUGAAACUUAUUGACACAUGCACACACGCUGUACAACCCUCACCAACCAUGGCACAUGGGUUUGGCGUGUUCGGGUGCAAUUUUCACAUGAUCUCUAUCUCUCGCGUGUGUGUGUGUGUAAUGGAGUAAAGCGCGCUUGCAAAACCUCAACACAUUUCCUCCAGGGACGGCGGUGUACGGCAAAUCCUCCUUCACACACGAUAAAGUUUCGACCAAACCACCGAACGGACCAGAACGGACAAAACUGUGAGACUGUUGGGGGAAAAAAGCACGCGAAAACAAACAAUUACAAGCAGAUCAAACAACAAGACUCGCAUUGCACGAUGUGUUUUGUGUUGAUUGUGUGUUGUGGUAACGCUUCAUUAGAAGCAGCUCAAGCGCUCCCUAGCUGGCUGGCUGUCUGGGUGGCUGGUUAGUAGCAAUAAUGUAUAGGAUCGGCGGUACCACCAACCGCGGGGGGGGCAAUGUUUGGUAAUGGCGCACGAGAUAAGAUAACAUUUGCUCUGAUAAAGACGUCCACCUGCAAUAGCAUUCUCACGUGGGGCUAUAGAGACAACAACGCGUUGUAUUUGGGAUGGAAGCCAGACAUUCAUUUCGAUCUCGUAUUAUUGGAGCUGUCGAUUUUGUUAGAAUUCGUUUGGUGCCUUUUUGGACACACACACACAUACACUGACUGUCACUCUCCCAUGUCUGUAUUGCACAACGAAAUAUGGGUAUGCUGUGUGGCUAGUUGCUAAGUGUGGCAGACACCCACCACCAGCCCUGUGCUCUGUUCGGAUACAACCGGUACGGUCUUUAACACCUCUGCGUGAAGAAACCGAAAACGACGGGUUUUUUGUUGUUGUUGUUUGCGAUCACCACCUCUCACGUUCUUCCUUCGCACGCGCGCGCCGUCGUCGUCGCCGUGGCCGUGAAUGGGUGCGAAGGCUGGCCGCGAUGGCAAUGGCCAGAAAUGGCGUUCGAGGGCAAGGACCGGAAUUUUGCGCUGGUCUUUUUGUUGUACCUCCACGCUGCUUCCUCCCUGCGGUGGUGUAGAGCAGCCCCUGCGCAGAUACGCAAAGUUGCGCAAACGACGGUGACGAUCUUUCUCCUUCUCCACCUACUGCAAGCGGGCGGGCGUGCGUGUGCGCGCGCGUGUUGGCAUGCGCGAAGAUCGCGUGCACCACUUGUGGGCUUGUAUGGGAAGUAUGGGAGGGACGCCACCGCAUCUCCAUCUGCCUGUCUGUGUCCCCUUAUAUGUCGCUCGAGACACCGAUCCGAUCGUUGGGAUGCUCCACGCCUCCGUUCGUUUGCCGGCACACAUUAUGCAUUCAAAGCACACAAACGCGCGAGAGAUGUCGACGGUCCCCAACAACACACACACAAACCAGCGUGGACAAGACGGGCGCGUGCUUCUUCAAGAGUGAAAUGGCAUUUGGCGCAUCGUUUGGCGCGCAAAAGCAGCAGGAUUUGAGUUUGAAUAAAACGGGGGCAGACUAAUCUUCUUCAACUCGCUGGAGUGAUAGGCGAGCGGGCGGGCACUGCUUUUACUCAGCUCUCCUCCUCCACACGCUCGGCGGGGGUGAACGAUCGUUGACAAACGAUCCACCGGAAGAGAGUAAUUAGCAGUGGAAUGAGUGAAUGAAUUCCAAAACCCGCGUCGCGCCCUCUCUAGCCUAGGUACUCAGUAGUCCGCCCCCCCGCCAUCAAUCGGGCUCAAUUGAAUCGGGCGAAAUUGCAUCCGCCAAACUAUGGUGCGCCGGAGGACCUCCACGAUCGCGCAAAAGCGCGUGCAAAUGCCAAUGUUCAAGCCACAAUGCCACAAGCUCUCUGCAGCAUAAUAACUCGCCGUAACGACCAAAACCUACACACGGUUAGGCUUUUUGACGCCCGCUUUCGGUGUGUUUCUGAUUGAACUUUUCAUCGUGAUUACCCCGCAGCUAGCUAGCUAUCCGCUCAUUUAGCUUGGUGGCCCGUCGCUUUGGGGGAUUUUUGUUUUUGGAAGCGACAGACAGAGAUCGCGCACCGAUCGCCGUCGGAACUUUGGGGUUUUAGUUCCGCACCCCGCUGCUGUGGGCUGCAAAGUGUAGGAAUGUCUAUUUUAUGAGACAUGAUUUAUUGUCUCGGUGAAAGGGGAAUUGGACCGCGGGAAGCACAGACUACUUUGGGGACUGUGUACCAAGCAAAAAAAAAAAAAACGAAAAUCCCUGUAUGAGUUGCGCGCUAAACUAUUAAACCAAACCCCCGUUGGUUAGGUGGAUUCCACUAAUCUCCUAGCAGCAUGGCAGGGAAGUCACUUUCACUUUCCUUGGGGGGGAGAGCGAUCGACAUUAGUCUGCGCUUGGUCGUCCGUUCCGGGAUCUAUUCACCUCGGCGGUGAUUGUGGUGGUGAUGGUGGUGAGAUGAUUAUGCCCAUUAGUCAACCACCAGUAGCAACUCUUUAUUGGUUGCGGCUGAUAGGAAGCAUACGGUUGGGAUUAUCGCCAUACAGAGACGCACUAAAAUAAGACGCAAGCGAUCGUGCGUGCGGUGGCAUAUGAGAUUAAUGAGUAAUCUGGUGUGGGUUUAGCAGUAGAAAAGGUGCGCGUGAACAUUUGCCUUCAAUCUAACCCUGUUAACGCGUCAUUUGUCACGUUUCUUCCCCUGCCAAGGAUGUCCAUAAACAUCCCUCGGGGGGAUAGGGAUGCACAGCUUUAAAUAUACAUAAUCAAUUAAACUUUGGCUCGAGAUAAACUUGCUCCUCCGAGCGCCGAAUGCCUAAUGAGACACGAUAUGCCAUUUUUGCCUUAAUGGAACAAGGGGAACGCCUUACCCGGAUAGCCAUGAAGUUGUGUUCGUGUCCACUUCACCAUGCACAGAGUCACUUUGCUCUGGACGCCCUCGGGCAUAUCCGCACGAGACGACGACGCGCAACGUGUGUCGGACGGUCCGAAAUUUGGGAUGUUGAACAAUCUGUUUGGCAGUUUUGCUUUGUUUCAAUCAAGCAUCCUAUGCUCCUACUCUCUUUCCCUCUCAUUCUCUCUCUCUCUCUCGCUCUCUCUCCAUCAGUGCCAUGACGGGGAUCAGGAACAAAGUGAAAGUUUUAUGCGAACGUCUAUGCUAUGUUCGCCCCCUAUUUUUUGUUGGUAUACGUCUCAUUCUUUGCCGCAUAAAAUUGGCAUACACACGCACACAGAGCUACAGUGUCUGUGGUUUGCCCAUUUUUUCCCAUUUAGCUUUCAGGAUAUCGGCUUUGUUAUUUCUACCACCCGCAGAUCGUCCGUCAGACCACCGGGGGAGGGGGUAAUUGGUGAGUCGCCGGAAAAGCAAGAAUAGACUUUGCAAACACCGUUUCGCCUCCCACACGAACCUUCCUAAUGAAGGAUUGAUGAUGACGACAAUGAAACAAACACAAUCGGAAAGAAAGUAAAAGUUUGAUAGAAUUUGCUUUUGUUUUUUUGUUUUUUGUUAUCUGGCGUGCCUUUCGACGAAAGUUUUUGCUGGAUGUGUGGGUGUUGGUAAUUGCGUGAUGGCGUGAUUUGCAUAAUUGUCAGCUAGCUUACUGUUGUUUGUGAGGCUUUGUGGUCGGAGUAGAUGGAAAGGGUGUAAAUUGGAAGCUUUUGCUCGAAACAGAUGAAAUAGUGCAUAAGAUCAUUAUCAUACACUUAUCAGAUAUCGAUUAGAUGAUAAACUAACCAAACCAAACGCAACAAACCCAAGUGACUCAAGCUUUACUCAAUGACUCACGAAACCCCACCCCCUGCAGCUUCGAUUGUGCAUCGCACGUUUUUGCCACACAAUCGGGCUCUGUUCCUUCCCAUGCUGUGUGAUGAUGCACUUGCGCCAUACCCAACUGCGGGACGAGAGAGCCCGCACGUUGCAUGUUUCAUGUUUUAGCACGUUUUUUUCCUUCCAUCCUUCGUCCGAUGGUCUGUUUUCUUACCUCUUUCCUGCGCGCUGCGUAAGUCGGCGUAAGUUACACAAUUGCGAGCAAAACUGUCUUCUCUGGUGUGGUGUGGUGGCAAUCCCGGAUCGGAAAUGUCACUAACCGGCUCUGCUCUUUUAUCUGUGUGUGUGUGUAUUUGCGGAGAUCAAUUAAUAGACAUUAAGGGAGUGCCACACGCACUGCCACAGACGCUACGCAGCUGCAUCAACCUGUGCAUCUCACACCCUCUUUCUGCUACUCCACAGGAUGUAUCAUGCGCGUGUGGACGCGGGUAGACUGAUCUUCUAAUGAGACAUAAUGUAAUCGGUUUGUUGGAGCAUUUCCGGUAUUUUACACGGCGGCACUACCAGUUGGGAAAACGAGUUGAACCUAGGACAGGGAAGGGAGUAAGUGUGUGCUGGCUGGUCACUGCUGCGUGUCAUGGCUCGAAAAGUGAAACUAAUAAUUUCUGGAGCUCAAGUCAAGCCUCAUCAAACCGGCACGUGCAUUCCCACCGAACGAUGACGAGACACACGGGGGUUUGUGUGCACAAGUGCAUCCGGGUUCCGGGUUCAGAGACAGAUAGAGCGAGAGAGACAGAGAUAGAGAGUGAGCACGAGAGAACCAAUGUGCAGCAGUGAUCCAGCGCAAGUGAUUUAAUUUCGAUAUAAAUAGCAAACAGUUCCUCUCUUGCCCUGGCUGAUCCGGCUGGCUCUCUCGGAACGGCUUUUUUCACCCAUUUUCUCAUCUCCACGGCAAACUAAACCACCGUUACCGCCCAGGGCUUUUGGGGUCCGUCGGUGGUGUGUGGUGGUGGUGCAUGUUACGUCGCAGUGUGUGCAUGUAAAAAGCGCGACUUACAACGCAAUACGCGACCGAGAAACGCACGUAGUGUCGUACAGCGCGCGCACUUAUGUGUGUGUGUGUCGGUGUACAGUGUGCUCUAAAAAACAUUGACACAUGGCUAAACGUAAAGUCACCACACUGAUACAGUUUCAGCAAAACAAAACCAAGUGAGAAGAAGAGAGCGAGAGACAAAGAGACAGAGUAAAAAGUAAAUCAAGCAGCAAAGCUAACUGCACACACUACUCCCGGAGGGGGGGAGAGCAGUGUUUGUGAAACAACCCCAAAAGAAGGGCACCACCAGCCCCCCACCACCUUCUGUCCGCACACACAACAGCAGCAGCAGCAACAACAAUAACAAAAAGCCCUCCCAUGGCUCUGUACAUAACGGACUACAACAACCGCUAUCGGAAGCGGCGACGGAGCCGCGUGUUCAGCACCUGCGUCAGUGCGGCCGUCGUCGAAAAGGGCGAUUACAUCAAGCAUCCCGUGCUGUACGAGCUGAGCCACAAGUACGGCCUGCCGGACAAUGUGUCCGAGCAGCUGCUGCCGGACCGGCUGGAGGAGAUCAAGGAGGCGAUCCGGCGCGAGAUCCGCAAGGAGCUCAAGAUCAAGGAGGGCGCCGAGAAGCUGCGCGAGGUCGCGACGGAUCGCCGCUCGCUGUCCGACGUGGCCUCGAUCGUGAAGAAAAGCAAUAACAAGCUGGCCGAGCUCAAGUCGGAGCUGCACGAGCUGGAAAGCCAAAUCAUCCUCACACAGGGCAACAGUGUCAGCAACAAUGGUGGCCACGAUCCAAUCCUGUCCACUGUCAUCCCGAGCGGGCCCGAGUUUACCGCCAACGAUAAGCUGCUCAUAUCGCUCGAGAAGCAGCUCAGCAUUGAGACGAAGGUGAAAAACGGCGCCGAAAACAUGAUCCAAUCCAUCUCCAGCGGACACCACGGUCGCGAUAAGAAGCUACUGGCCGAGGCACAUCAGAUGCUGGCCGACUCGAAGGCGAAAAUCGAAUACCUCCGGCUGAAGAUACUGAAGGUGCGCCAGAACAAGCUCAGCAGCAAGGGCUCGGAGGAGAAUGGCGGCGAGUCGGCAAACGCGGCCAAACAGCCGCAGGAGCUGGAAACGUCGCUGGACGAUCGCAUCGAGGAGCUGCGCCACCGGCUGCGGAUCGAGGCGGCCGUUGUGGACGGUGCGAAGAACGUUAUCCGCACGCUCCAGAGUACAAAGACAAUCGACAAAAAGGCCCUGCAAGAGGCUCAAGGUCGCCUAUCGGAAUCAUCGCGCAAGCUCGACCUGCUGCGGAAAGCGCUCGAGCUACGGCGGCUGGAACUUCCCCCGGACUGUCCGACGGCACAGCAGCUGAAAGCGGAGCUGCAAAAUGUGCAAGCGUCCAGCCCGGGCCCGGUCCAGUACACGAUGCGCAACUCGUUCCGGGGCAGCGCCCAGGGCCGGCCCGCCCACAGCCAGCAGUCGUUUAGCCGGUGUGCGGCCGUCACCGGCAAGCUGGAGGUGCGGCUGAUGGGCUGCCAGGAUCUGCUCGAGGACGUGCCGGGGCGAUCGCGCCGCGACAAGGACGCCGGCUCGUCCAGCCCGGGCGAUCUGAAAAGCUUCGUCAAGGGCGUCACCAGCCGCAGCUCGUCCAAAAGCUACAGCGUGAAGGACGAAACGUCGUCCGAGAUCAUGGCGGUGAUCAAGCUGGACAACAUCACGGUCGGCCAGACGUCGUGGCGCCCGUGCUCGCAGCAGGCCUGGGACCAGCGGUUCAGCAUCGACUUGGACCGGUCGCGCGAGCUCGAGAUCGGCGUGUACUGGCGCGACUGGCGGUCGCUCUGUGCGGUCAAGUUCCUGCGCCUGGAGGAGUUUAUCGACGACAUACGGCACGGUAUGGCGCUGCAGCUGGAACCGCAGGGCGUCCUGUUCGCCGAGAUCAAGUUCCUCAACCCGAUGAUCUCGCGCAAGCCGAAGCUCCAGCGCCAGCGCAUGAUCUUCAACAAGCAGCAGGUGAAGAACAUUCCGCGCGCCAAGCAGAUGAACAUUAACGUGGCGACCUGGGGCCGGCUGCUGAAGCGCAACACGACCAGCAGCGGCAGCAGCAGCGGUCCGACGACGGCCGGUGCAGCUGGAGCCGGUACGCCCUCGCCGGGCAGCGCAACGGUACCGAUGACGGGUAUGAUGGCAAACCAAACGCAACAUGGGUCGGCGGGCACAACCACUCCCUCCACGCCCGGCUCGUACGAUCCGCUGCAGGACGAUCCGGUGGAAACGCUGGGAGAAUCGGCCGACCAUAACGUCGUCGGACUCGGCGGUGGACGUCCUCUCGGUAUCCACGGAGUCGGCGUACUGCCGGAAAGCCCCUCGUCCCACUCCCUGCAGAACCAGGGCACACCGAUGGUGGGGCGGCCCGUUCCACCGCCACAGUCCAUCAGCACGCCGUCCAGCUUCCGGCAGCCGAAAAAGCAACCGAUGCCAUCACCGCGGCAAGCGACACCACCAAAAAUCGAUCCCGAGUUGGAGUACGCGUUAAGCAAGUUCGAUUUCCUUCACCAGCACGAUAGUCUUGGUGGUGUUAGUUUGUACGAUAAACAGCCACCGUUGCCGGUAACACCGCCACCGUCAUCAACAGUCGCCAGCAGUGGAUAUAUAAACAAUUGUGAUAGCACCAACAACAACAACAACAACAGCAACUACAUCGAAGAUGACGAAGUGCCACCGUUGCCAGCCACACCGCCCCCAGUGCUUCGUUCCACCAGCCAAAUUAGUCAGCCGGCGGGCGCGCUGGCGGCCGGGGCAACCUCACCAGCAGUAUUACAAAAGUCCCUGUCCGGGGAUCUACUACGCCCGGUGCUGUCGAUGCCACCUCCCGUACUGUACGGCGGCGGGUACAACCGGGACAGCUACUACAGUACGGUCUCGUCCACGGGCAGCCCGAUCGUGGAGGAACCACCGUCGCCGGCCCCUAGUCAGUACCAGCAGCAGUACGCACCGUUCCCGGAGGAUGAUCUUACGUACGACAACAUCAUUGAGAUCCUUCCGUUCGAACAGCUCACGAUCGGAGGCAAUGUGGUGCCACCGCCACUGCCACCCCAUCACCAUCAUCCGUCGGCCACGCUGAUGAGCCAGCAGGCAUCGCUUGCAGCGGCGGCCGCCCUCCAAGCGCAACAGCAGCAGCAACUCUAUCAGCAGCAGCAGCAGCAGCAGCAGCUUCUACUACAACAGCAGCUGCAGCAACAGCAGCAAUCAGCAGUAGUACCACCUUCCCUGUUGGCCCAACAACACGCUGCCGCCGCCACCGGUCAGGCAUCCAGUUCCGGCAUGGUUGACGUUGGUGCCGCAUCGGGCGCCGUCGGUCCGCCGGUGAAUCGACGUCCGGCCGGUGGACCGGCCCGUGCCCUCCAGUAUCGGGACAGCGCGUACGAAAGUCGCCGCCAGUCGCAGGCGGGAGCGAUGGCGGGUGCACCGGGCGCCGGCAUGUGCAUGGACAGCUUCCGGCUGCUGAGCGUGCUGGGGCGGGGCCACUUCGGCAAGGUGAUACUGGCGCAGUACAAACACACGGGCGAAUAUUUCGCGAUCAAGGCGCUGAAGAAGGGCGACAUUAUUGCGCGCGACGAGGUGGAAUCGUUGCUGAGCGAGAAGCGCAUCUUCGAGGUGGCGAACACGAUGCGCCACCCGUUCCUGGUGAACCUGUUCUCCUGCUUCCAGACCGAUCAACACGUCUGCUUCGUGAUGGAGUACGCGGCCGGCGGUGAUCUGAUGAUGCACAUCCACACGGACGUGUUCUCGGAACCGAGGGCCGUCUUCUAUGCGGCGUGCGUCGUGCUCGGUUUGCAGUAUCUGCACGAAAGCAAAAUCAUCUACCGCGAUCUAAAGCUGGACAAUCUUCUGCUGGAUACGGAAGGUUAUGUAAAGAUCGCUGACUUUGGUUUGUGCAAGGAGGGCAUGGGUUUCGGUGACCGGACGGGUACGUUCUGCGGUACGCCCGAAUUCCUCGCCCCGGAAGUGCUGACCGAAACGUCCUACACCCGUGCCGUCGACUGGUGGGGUUUGGGUGUGCUGAUCUUCGAGAUGCUCGUCGGAGAGUCACCAUUCCCGGGCGAUGAUGAGGAGGAAGUGUUUGAUUCGAUCGUCAACGAUGAGGUUCGCUAUCCCCGGUUCCUGUCGCUCGAAGCAAUCGCCAUUAUGAGAAGGUUGCUGCGUAAGAAUCCGGACCGUCGGCUCGGGUCGUCCGAACGCGAUGCCGAGGACGUGAAGCGGCAGGCCUUCUUCCGCAACAUUGUCUGGGACGACCUAUUGCUCAAGAAGGUGAAGCCACCGUUUGUGCCAACGGUUCGUUCCGCGGAAGAUGUGUCCAACUUUGACGAGGAAUUCACGUCCGAAAAGCCCGCCCUAACGCCACCGAAGGAUCCGCGCGUGCUCACCGAGGUGGAGCAGACGUACUUCAAGGACUUUACCUACAUGGCCGAUUGGUGUUGAGAGAGAGAGAGAGAGAGGAGACAAGAUGAGGACGCUUCUUCGUCUUCUUACUCGAUUGUGUUACAGCUAGCAUAUAUUGUAAAGAGAAAAUAAGAGGCGAACACACACACACACUCCAAAACGCGCGCAAACCCCUCUCGAUGGCAAAAUGAUCAAUAGGCAGGGACAAACACAUAUGAAAUGGGAAUGCGCCGUGUCUGUGUGUCUGUGUGUGUGCCUUUAAACGAUGGAUCGCAGGGUUUGCCACUGCGCGGAACGUUCUAGAUUGGAGAAGGGUAGUAAAAGGGAAUGAGAGGAUGGGUUUUGGAUAAGAAAAAAAGCAAAAAGUAACAAACGUAACACCACACGUUCGAUACGGACACAUACGGCGGCAGCAGCAGCAGCUUCGCGUUAGAUAAGAGAUAAAAGUUUACCUGUUACGCGUACCGCGAGAUUAAAGAAUAAUGCCCGGUCGGACAAGAUUGGAUAAAGAAGCCCCACGUCUCCUUAAGCCCGUUUUGGUAAAUUGACGAGAGAGGACAUUCAAACAGCUCAACUCGCACCAAGUGGCAAUUGGUUUUUCUUUAUUUACACGUUUGUGUUUUCCUUACUAAUUCAUUCACACACACACACACCGUCGUCCACCGUUCACAAUUCACCACUGCGUGUAGUUUCUGUGUAGUUAUGUUUUGUCUCUUUUGUUUGUGACAUGUCCUAUGUCCUUUUUGGAUGUAAUUAUUGUUUAUAAAGUGGAUUUUUUCUCCCUUAACAUACGUUCGUUUCCAUUAUCCUGUUGUAAUAAUUGUGCAGAAAGCAACAUAGUAAAACAAAUUAGACUGAAAAUCCUCCUCCGCAUCAUACAAAAAAGGAAACACAAAGACAAAUGUAUGCAAAUGGUGUAUGUGUGUACGUAUGUGUGUGUUUUUUUAUAAAGCAAAAACAAUAGAACACACCAGAAAGCACAGCACUAAACAAUGUAACAUGAUAAGAAAGGAAAGAAACGAGUUUAAAAGAAGAGAGAAAAAAGAGUAAACAAGGCGAGAGAGAGAAAAAAAGAGUAAACAAGGCGAGAGAGAGAGAGAAAAAGAGAAAGAGAGAGGGAGAGAAAGAGAAAGAGAGAGGAAAAACAGAAAGCUGUUAAAUUGCGCUAGUUAGAUGAAAUUAGGUUUAUUUCUCUUGUAAGUAGGACUUAUAUCUAUCUCUAUUAUAUAUAUAAAUACUUGUUACGUUUCACGUGUUACGUUCAACAUACAUAUAUAUAUGCGCUAGAUAGAAGAAGCUGUGUUCAAGUGUGUGUGUGCGUGUCUGUGUGUGUUUUUCUGGGACAAGUCGUGUCCCGAUUAAAAGCGCAUCAAAACACACACACACGCGCGCGCGGUGAGGAAUCGAAAGCUACAAUAAUGUGUUAGGGCUUCAGUACAGGUUUAUUUACAGGUAAAAUUGUGCAUAUAUGUGCGUCAGAAAACCCGUACCCCUUCUCCCUCCUCUCCUGUUAUGCCAACCCCCUUUGGGUGGUAUGCUGGGAGGGUUGGGGUUGAGUUGAUUUUUUUUUAAAUUCGCGAUGAUGAAGUUGAUGCUGUAUUUAAUCGAUUGUGUUUGAGACGGUGUGUGCGUGUGUGUCUGUGUGGGUCUUAGUAAGUGAGUAUUUGCCGGUAGUUAGAGAGAAGACCAAGUGAAGGGAUAGUUCCCACACAGAUGUACACAUACACACCCACACACGCACACAUCGCAUGUAUCGAUGUGUAUUUUUGAUGAUCAAAAAACACCAGCGCGUGAUUAGUUAUCGGAAUACAUUGUACAAUGGUUAUUUAAAGUCAA